AAAAUCGAGGAUAUUCUCAUAAACAAAUAAAUUGCACUGUCAGUUUCGUAAUCAAUGUUGGAGGGAUGGUAUUGUCGGUCUAUAGCAAACAAUUCUGCAGAAGUAGAAGACGAUGAGGACGACAGCCCCGAAGAGGAAGUACCUAAUUAUAAGGAUCAGUACCGCAAUCUCAAAAGAAAACUCAAGUUUCUAAUUUAUGUAAGACUGCUGAAGGUUUUCAUGAUUUUCCUCAGGGGGUUUUCAUCAUUUUCAUCUCACGGGUUCACUAAAUUCGGGAAUAUUUCGAUAACCAAGGGAGAUAGCAAAAUUUUUGUUCUUCCCUUUUUUGGAGUGCUCACUUACAAAAAGAAAAAGCCCAAUCCAAAACCACCAAAAUCCAUGAACAACGCACCACUGCAAUCCAACAAUGUCGUCUCGGUGGUCUCCAUGAUGUCCGAUGGACACAUGACACCUGAGGAAGUCGAGAGGCACUUGGAGUCCAGGCAGACGUAUCUUGAAUUGGUACCUGAAAAAGCGCCUCCCACUGUUCCCACUGAAAUGUUCAGCAAUGAUCCAUCAUUGGACAGUGAAUCCAAUGACCUUGGGGAAAUGGAGACGUCACCUAGUAAUAUGGGAGAGGAUUGUCUGAGUGUGGAGAUGAUGGGAGAAUAAAAACGAUAGGAAAUUGAGAAAAAUCUCGGGAAAAAUCCAAUGAAUUUAUCCUGCUGGUGAAUUUUUUUUAGAUGAACACCUGCACAUGGGGCAGGAGAUCAUCGCCAUGGGGAAAAUAUUUCAUGACAGGACAGAAUCCUCAGGAUGUAAUCGAUUACGUUAAUUGUUUAUAUUAUAAAUAAAUUGUCUGAAUGCCCCAGAACGUGGGGGAAACCAGAAAAGUAUUCACAUGUUCAAUAAUUUUUUUCAAUUCGAUCUUUCUGUUUACUCUCGAAAAAAUGAAAUACAACUGCGAACAAAAAAAUGAAUCUCUCUUGUCUUUUCUUCUAACCACUAAUUUAAGAGAAAAUUCUACAGUGACUUCUGGAUUUUUUUUCAUUUUUUAUAAACAAAAAAUUAAUAAUGAGUGAUGAGAAGUUGAUUUUGAGAGUUUUGGAAGAUAUUUUGGAGUCAGUGGCUCCAGUGGAUGAUGAAGUAAUCGAAAAAUCCGGGGAUGAGGCCCCGAGGAGAUUCAAAAGAUCGACUUUCAGUCAGACUUCGAUCGAUGGACUCUGCAGGAUAUGCUACGAUGAUUUGAGAUAUCCAAUUAUUUAUCCCUGCAGGUGUAAGGUACCCGAGAAAA